GGAAAAUGGCAGAUCAGUGGUACUGUAGGCUGUACACCUCAGCUUUGUCCCCUGUAUAGCCCCAGACCAGGACUGCAAGUGCGGUCAGUAAAUAGAUGCUGGACAAUGAAAGUUUAAUAUUAGUAAGACUGUACCUGACAGUUCAAAGAAGUUUCUAAGAACAGAAGACCCUAACCUCUAGGAGGCUGAGACGGUGGAGAUUGUCUAUUGUGAUUACUCAGAACUGACAUAUGCAGAACCUGAAGCGAUCAUCCUUGAAAGAAAAAGUAAAAUGGCAAAGUGGUCAAGAUAUAGAACAACUUGUGAAACCGACUGUCAAGAUAAUGACUAAUAAAAGACUUGUUUGAAACCAAUAGAUUAGGUAAUGCUUUGUAGAGACUAUAAAUGUAGAGCUAAAAAUCCUGUAACCUUGUCACUCUCUGCGGAGGUGACCCAAUGCUGCUGUACCGAUUAAAACUGCAAACCUAGAGUAACCCACAAGAGUUUGAGUCUCUUCUUUCACACCAGUGACCAGCAGAGCAGUUCUACUUUUUAAGAACUAUGGUAAAAGAAACACAAGGAACGCAAUAUCCAUUGCUUUUCAGGGAAAAAAAAGGGCUGCAACAGUGUCUUGUGUGUACGACCUUACAGGUUAACUAUUGCUGAUAAGAAGACGAAUGCUGGCAGCGCUCCAAGUAUCAGGUCAGUUUCUGGAGGGAGGAAGAGGAUGGGGCUCCCGUGAGCGGCUCUGCCCUGGGGGUCAGCAAACGGCCCCGCGGGUAGGAAAGCGGCAUCUGGGCUACGCUGCCGGGGACACCGCCAGAGCCGGCAGCGGCUUGGAGCGAACGAAGGCAGCGCAGCGCCGCCCUCCGCGCACACGCGGUGCGAGCGGCUCGAAGGCGGCCCCGCUGCCACGGCGGCGGUGCCCGCCAGCUCGGCCGGAGCCGCCACGAGCGCCCCGCAAGGCAACGGGGCACGGGUGCCCGGCCAGCACACGGGUCCGCGGGUUUACGCCGGCACCGGCGGUAGACCCCUCGGGGCCGGGGCGGGGCCGCGCCCUCCUCUCGUGCCGCCCCGCCCGGCUCUCGCGAGACGUCGUUUGAAAAGGCGGCGGGCAGCCGUUACCAGCCUGGCCCGAUCCAGCCGCCGCCGCGAUGCCGCUCCAGCCGCGCCUGCUGCGCACCUACUCGCGGCGCGGGCGCCUCCGCCUGCUGCCGCUGCCCGAGCGGUGGCUCUCGCCGCUUCAGGACCGCAAAGCCAUCUUCGGCUCCAUCUCGGCCGACUCCAGCGCCGCCUCGGCCGACUCCGGCGCCGUCUCCAGCGCCGUCUCCGCCCACUCGGACGACCCCGACUUCUUGUCGCCCGGCAAAUGCUCCCGACAGCCGCGGGGUAAGCGUCCCGCCCGGCGCUGGCGCCUGCGGACGCGCGGCGGCGGCGCGGCGGCGGAGGAGGAGGAGGAGGAGGAGAAGAAGGAGAACCGGCUGGGAGGGCCGCCCGCGCCCGCCCGCUCGCCGUCCUCCUCCCCGUCCCCGUCCCGCUCCCCGUGCGGCGCCGCCCGCCGCCGCCAGGGGCCGCCCUGCGGGGCGCGGCGCCCCCUGCUGUGCAGCACCCCGCAGUGGCCGCGCUGCCGCGCCCGGCCCCGCUCCCCCAGCCCGCUGGGCACCACCCCGCGGAGCGGCCCGGGGCUCUGCUCCCCACCGCCCUGGCAGCGGCCCGCCUCGCCCGAGUCAUCCCGGGAAGAGUGGGAGCAGCUCCCGGCCGUGCCCAGCGCGGGCGGCCUGGGGCGGGGCGGGGAGCCGCUCCCGCCGCUGGGGUCCGGCGAGGCCCUAAGGGUGCUGGCACAGGGGCCCUGCCCGGGGCCGAACCCCCCGAAACCCGCCGCCAGCCAGCCGCGGGGCGCUGCGCCGGGGGCCGGGGGCUCUGGCCCGCCGCCCUGCCCUCACCUGCGGGGGGUCUCGGGGGAAGGGAGCCCGUGCUGCCACGGAAAAAACCCUGUGCGGACCCCGCUGACACCAGUGGUGGUCUUGGACCCUCAAGAAGUGUUGGUGUGGCUGGCAAACGUGAAACAUGCCGGAGAGGCAGACGCCCAACCUGCCUGCCAGCAGCCGGGGUCCCCUUUGGGCUGCCAAGGGGUCUUGGCGAACAAAUGUAAAAGCGCCAAAGCUGUUCCUGGGGAGGGCAGUUCCUGCAAGAGAGCCUGCAUCAGUGGCUUCAGUACCAGCCGCUGGGGGAAGCUCAUGAGGCCCCAGCCAAAAAGGCACAAAACCAAGAGGCAGCCACCACCGAACUACUUUUUCAGACCACAGAUGAGGCAAAAAGGAAUGAAGAAGGGUGCCCUGGAGCUGUCCGCAGAUGUAAGAGACUAUGACUGUUCGCUCCUCAGUAGCUCCCAUUCCUGGGGUAGAGUGCAAGCAUCUCUGUCCUUCCACAAGAAGAAGAAAGUUACCACAAACGAGAGUUCCUGCUACAGCAUCCUUUGUACCCCUCCUGUGAAAUCCCAGGUUUCCAGCCACCAAGCAGUCCUAUCUGCUGGCAUGCCUCAGUGCUGCACUUGGUCUUCCAUGAGCCUCCUAGCUCCCAGGUAUUCCUGUUCUGUCCUGGAGCCAAUGCUUACGGAUGCAGAGAAGGUGUUCAGGGAAUGCCACCAGGAGGGGCCUAUUGCUUUUGAGGAAUGCAUUUUUUUAGAUAAGAUGAAAGGCUGCAAGAAAAUUGGAGAAGGUGUGUUCGGAGAGGUCUUCCAGAUUGACAGUGAGAGGGGACCUGUGGCCUUAAAAAUAAUUCCCAUUGAGGGGACUGGAAAAGUAAAUGGCGAAGCUCAAAAGAGCUUUGGAGAGAUUCUGCCCGAGAUAAUAAUUUCAAAAGAACUCAGUCUUUUGUCUGAGGAGUCUGCGAAUAGGACUGUGGGGUUCAUCAGCUUGUACUCUGUGCACUGCAUUCAAGGGGCCUAUCCUAAGUAUCUCCUGGAAGCCUGGGACAAAUACCACCAAGUAACGGGCUCAGAAAAUGAUCGGCCAGACAUUUUUGGGGAUAAGCAGCUCUUCAUGGUUCUGGAGUUCGAAUUUGGAGGCAGUGACUUGGAGAAUAUGAGAAACCACUUCAGUUCAGUGGCAUCGGCAAAAAGCAUUUUGCACCAGGUCACUGCUUCCCUGGCUGUGGCAGAACAAGAACUGCACUUUGAGCACAGAGACUUGCACUGGGGGAAUGUGUUGGUGAAGAAAACGGACGUAAAAGAGGUUACUUAUGUGUUGAAUGGGACAACGCACACGAUCCCCACAGCAAGGAUUCAUGUCAACAUCAUAGAUUACACCUUGUCUCGGCUGGAGAAGGAUGGCUUAACUGUGUUUUGUGACCUUUCCACUGAUGAAGCAUUGUUUCAAGGCACAGGGGACUACCAGUUUGAUAUCUAUAGGCAAAUGAAAGCGGAGAACUCUGGCUGCUGGACUGACUAUCAUCCACACAGCAACGUCCUCUGGUUGCACUACUUGUCAGUUAAACUUUUGAAUGACAUGAGAUACAAGAAAAAGGAAUCAACUCCUGCCAUGAGAAAAAUAAAGCAGCAGCUUGUUAAGUUCCACAAAGAAGUACUGACCUUUGCGUCUGCCAGUGAAGUUUUACAGAACAGCAGCCUCUUCCAGUGACCGAGGCAGUGCAAUGUUUCCAAGAACUAAGUACUGAUACUGUUUUUAGCGUAUGAUCUUUUUAAGUGUUGGUAUGAUGAAGUGGUGUUAUGAUUGGUUAGCACUGUGUAUAACAUGAUACCAAAAAUGUCUAAAAAAAAAAAAAAACAACCCCAAAAAACAAAACAAACCCCAGAAAAGUCAUCUGCUUUUUUUCAGGGGGUGAUGGGGGGCAGGGGGAGAAAACAGAGUUGAAUGUUUGAGAAGGGGGGAAAAAAGAUUUCUUCAAGCUCAAUUAAAUGUUUUGAAUUCCACAGAUAUUUUAUUAACUUAAAUUAUUAAAUGUUCUUUUUUUACUA